GACUCGGGCAAGUGGCGACUAUGACGUCUGCUAUGACGAUUGAAGUCCUUCCUCAAGCAGUUUACGUAGGGAUGAUUCCCACAACACACAUUUCUGUCGCUUCUCAUGCGCUUACCCGUCUCCUUCUCCGUGCACGUCCCCAUCCCUCGCGGGUGGUGUGCAUGACAAGGACAAGCGCGCAUGAUGGUCUCUCGCUGGUCCUGGAUGAGGUUUCUGCGGUGGAGCUGCAGACCAAGUCGCCGACUGCGGCUGCGGUUGUGGCUCUGGAUCCGUGUUCCUGGCGGCUGCUCGCCAUCUCCGAGGGCUCGAUGGGCGGCAACGUGUGUCUGUCUGUGGCCUCGAUCUCGGCAGUGCUUGCAGGAGCAGGCAUCUCCAUCAUGGUGCUCUCGUCGUACUCGGGCGAGUACCUGUUGUUUCCGUCCGAGACCCAGGACGCGGUCAUUGCCGCCAUCGACGAGUCUGACUUGGGCGCAACGCUGCACAUCCUUCCUGCGCACACUGUGAGUGGAGAGGCACUGGCAGUGCUGGCGGGUCUGGACAUGGGGGCGUUUGCUGCUCCGGAAGCGUUCUCCGACACUGUGUCGGGCCGCUCGCCGGACCGGUCGUCGCCGCGGGAGAGCCUCGGCCAUGCGCACACGCUCACGUUUGACACAUUGACCAUGGCGCGGAUCGGCGGCAUUGCGUCGUCGUCUCUGCCGGUCAUCCUUGCUCCGCUGCUGGAUCUCUUUCUCUUUGCUGAUGCCAGUAGCGACCGCCCGGUCCUCCUCUCGAUGUUUGAUGUUGGUGGCGAGGUCUCGAUUCUGGCCGACACCGAGUCUGCUAGCGAGCUCGAGGCUGCAGUGGAGGCUGCAGUUGGGGACAAGCGCGCCAGGGUAGUCCUCCGCAUGUGGCGGGGCUCCUGGACGCCGAUCCGCGUCGCCGAGACACUUGAUCUGGUCGAGACCGGAGUGGUGGCCUCGCUCGCCGGCCCGCUUGCUGACGCCGGCAUCCACGCCAUGUUCUACCACUCGACCUUUUUCACCGACUACACCAUUGUGCGGCAUGACGACAUUGCAACUGCCAAGACUGUCCUCUCGGCCCGCCAUCACAUCCCAGAGUAA